UUUUAAUAUCACAGUACACAGAUCAGACAAAAUGAGUGACGCCGUUACUAUCAGAACCAGAAAGGUUAUUUCCAACCCAUUAUUGGCCAGAAGACAAUUCGUCAUUGACGUCUUGCACCCAAACAGAGCUAACGUCUCCAAGGAUGAACUCCGUGAAAAGUUGGCUGAAAUCUACAAGGCUGAAAAGGACGCUGUUUCCGUUUUCGGUUUCAGAACCGCUUUCGGUGGUGGUAAGUCUACCGGGUUCGGUUUGAUCUACCAAUCUGUCGCUGACGCCAAGAAGUUCGAACCAUCUUACAGAUUAGUCAGAUACGGUUUGGCUGAAAAGGUCGAAAAGGCUUCCAGACAACAAAGAAAGCAAAAGAAGAACAGAGACAAGAAGAUCUUUGGUACUCAAAAACGUGCUGCUAAGAGAGCUGCUAGAAGAAACGCUGAUUAAGUUCAUCAAUAUUAUAUUCUCAAAUUUUUAUAUAGUAUAAUAUUAAUGUCGGUUAAUUGAAGGAACAUCUUUAAUGA